UACAUUACAAGAUCAAGAGGUGCUACAAGCCAAGAGAUUCCUGAAGUGACAGGCCCUCGAGCUCCGUGUCGAUUGCAACAACCACACUCUAUAUAAAAGCGCAGAGCUGAGGUUUGAUAUCAUUCAAAGGAACGGCUGAACUCUUGAGAGACCAACGGGCCAGCUAUAAUCCCCUCUAUACGCUGACGUAUAUCAAGCUGACGCCUAACUCUUAUAACAACAAGACAUCAAGAGGUUAUGGAGUCAUUACUUCCACCACCAUCUCUACCUAAUGGGGAAUUGCCUGCGUAUAGUAACCAUGGAGACAAGACCUCCAAACUGUACGCUGAGAACGAGUACCUCAAGGAGAGAGUUCGAUCGUGUGAGAAGGGGCUGUCUGCACUGUACCAGCUUCUGAUGCCCAAGGAGCCUCCGAGAGUCCUCACCACUCACUAUCGAUCUGCUUCACUGACCAUGCGCUCACGCUCCAACUCCCAUACCAGCCCAAGCCCCAUUCCAGAUACUCAUUCCACCAAGAAAACUGAUUCCAAAAAAGUGGACGAGGGUCGUGUUGUCACUUUCCCAGAGCUCAAGGAAGCCAUAGUGAAGGUGGUCGAGGAUCGUGAUCAGCUGGCAAUGGAGUUGGAUGACUACCGGCAGAUAACAGAGGCAGCAAAGAGAGAGAGAGUGUUGGCUAUCGAAGAGAAGGACGUCUUAUUAAAAGAAUCACAUGAGCUCAGAGUUACUCUAGAGAAACUUGCGGGCAAACUGAAGGAGGCGGAUAUCGAACGCAGAGAGCUGACUCAUCAGAUCAAAAAUAUGGAAAAGGACGUAAACAUUCUCCAGCGUAGCAAUGAAGAAGCCAUGGUAAUGAGAGCCAUUGCCGUCGAUGAAAGGUCAAAGUUGAUCGAUGAUUAUUCUCGGCUACAAAAUGAGCUCACUUCGGUGCAAAACGAACGCUCUGAGCUGUUGGAUGAAACCCUACAACUGCAGUCCACCAUCUCGCAACUAACCAAUGAAAAUGGAGCGGUGGUGCAGCGGAAACAUAGUAACCACGGUUACAGCACCAUUUCCGAAGGAAGUCGAGCAAAAACAGAAUUGGGUGGACUGAGGGUUAAGCUGACACGAAUAACCCCCGGACAACCUUGGGGUUUCUCUGUGGACGGAGGCUCAGACUGUUACCAUGGUGACCAGUCGAUCGUUGUGUCCGAAGUGAUAGAGAACAUGCCAGCUCACAAAGUUCUAUUAGCUGGUGAUCGUCUGCAGUUCAUUGGGAGCUAUGACUUGCGCAGUGUUACAAAGAAAGAGGCUCUUGAGAUUAUCAGGUCAUGUGAUCAAGUGUCGGUGGACGUGAUGAUCAGACGGACUGCUACACUACAGAAACCAUUGCCCCAGGAGGUUCGUAUUCCUGGUAAGAAGUCGUUUGGUUUCAGCUACGAGAUGAGAGUGUUUGUGAGUGCAGUGGACCGUGAGGCACAGGCGGCCGGCACCAUCAAACCGGGCGAUGAGAUUGUGCAGGUGAUGGGUAAGCAGACAUUAAAUAUGAAACCAUCGAUUCUCAAGCAACUGCUCAAGAGCUGCAAGGACGGUGUUUCCAUGACGAUACAGGCACCUGUGGGCGUCGUACCCAAUGGCAACGUGUCCCCAGGGAAGAGGCUACGAUACUCGAGUGACUCCAACUAUUCACAAGGGACACAUAUUAGAACCAGUGGGGAGGUUCCUCAUUCCAGCUACCAAGCACCAGGUACUCCCGGCUCCUCAGUCUCGGAAACGAGUGCCGGCUACCACUCUCUCACACACUCUAUGCCGUCCAUCCUCUCCAACGCAGUCCCUGUCACUUUGGACACGAAAACUGGUCAAACGGGUUUGGAACCUGUUCAGCAUGACUACCGAACUCAGUCGCAGCUAGCUACAUAUCAAGAGGAGGGGCUUGGUAACCCGGAGCCACACCCAACUACAGCCGGUGGUCGCUUCAGAGCAGGGUCGGUAUUUUCUAGUAGUCGCCAUCGACCACGGAAUUUGCCUCGUCGUAGCACAGUCCCCGCCCACCUUCCCAACCACUCCACUCAACUGCCUCCCAGAGUACGGUCUACCAGUCAGUCCAGUUACCUAACCAGUCAAACAGGAUUGUCAAGUCCCAGAGGAUACCCACCCCCUGUCACGCCCACCUAUCGUCAUAGAGGUACUAGUUUGCCGAGAGGAAUCUACCCUCCAGACCACCCCCACUCAUCUGGCCAUGCCCUCUCACAAGGCCACGCCCCUCAGUACGAUCAUUUCUCUUCCUACAUACAACGUAGGAAACAGGUGAUCUCCAUGUCAGCUGAUAAUCUGGACUUUGACCCGAUGGCGGAGCCGCACCCACCACCCUCACAUCACACGCAGAUAUCACGCACUGCAUCCCAUGGCAACCACAUGACCACGAUGUCAUCUCACAAUGUAUCUGUCGGAGCCAAUCACAUGACACGGGCCGUAUCACGUGACUGCCAAAUGAACUUUAAUGCACCCAAAAGACGCCCAAUUAGCAUGAGCAUGGGCAGCAUGACCAAUGUGUAGCACACGUAAUGAUUAUAUAAAUUAAUUUAUUUGUUUUGUAUAUAAUUAUGUGACUUAAUGUUAUAAUUAUUAUCUCAUCAUUAAUUGUUUAUUAAUUUUA